GAUAAUCUGACCUGUACUUCCCUGGCUGGGAUUCUCUUCUCAAUCCCAUGGAUGACAUUCAAACUCCUUUAACAAGCUCUUCUCACACUACUUCCAAAGCUGCUGCAAAUUCAUUCUCGUUUCACUUUUGUUCUGAUUUCAGUCCAACUUCAAGCUGUGUUUCUCAAGUUGAGAUCACUAAAUACGAUAAUCUCAAAUUCUGUCACUUUUGCCAACCUCCUUGCUAGCACCAAAGGUCAUAAGUUUCACAUUGUCAUUUUCCCAUCUCUUUUUUAUCAUCAAUGUUGUUUUCUUCACUUUUGUUCUCUAAUUUCUGCACCUCUUUUCCAUGGAAAUUUGAUUGUUGUUGAAAAGAAGGUUAUGGUUCUCGUAUUAUUCCAUAUGGCAGUUUAGAUUGGUAAACCAUGAUGUAGAUAACAGGAUGCCUGGGACUUCAGUCCUUCAGCAAACCAAGUUCUUUUCACUACCUGUAGAUCCGCCACAAAGCCCAGAGUUGAGUUUGAGGUUGAAGGAGCAGGAGUGCUUAUCUAUCCUGAAGAGGUGCAAGAACAUGGAAGAAUUCAGGCAAGCUCAUGCCCAGAUCGUCAAGUGGGGUUUCUUUUGGAACUCCUUUUGUGCAAGCAAUCUACUGGCUGCGUGUGCCCUCUCAGAUGGGGGUAGCAUGGACUAUGCCUGUUCCAUUUUUCAACAAAUUGAUGAACCGGGUACUUUUGAAUUCAAUACCAUGAUUAGAGCUCAUGUCAAAGACAUGACCUUUGAGGAAGCUUUAGUUUUUUAUUAUGAGAUGCUUGAAAAAGGAGUUGAGCCUGAUAAUUUCACUUAUCCUGCUCUUUUCAAGGCAUGUGCCUGGUUGCAGGCACAAGAAGAAGGAAAGCAAAUUCAUGGGCAUGCAUUUAAGCUUGGCCUUGAAAGCGAUUUGUACGUACAGAACAGCUUGAUCAAUAUGUAUAGCAAAUGUGGGGAGAUAGAACAUUCUUGUGCAAUCUUUGAGCAAAUGGAUGAAAAGAGUGUUGCUUCUUGGAGUGCUAUUAUUGCAGCGCAUGCUAGUUUUGGAAAAUGGGACGAGUGCUUGAUGAUGUUUGGGAACAUGAGUAGUGAGGGAUGUUGGAGGCCUGAAGAAAGCACACUGGUUACUGUGCUCUCUGCUUGUACUUAUUUGGGUGCUCUUGAUUUGGGGAAGUGCGCACAUGGGUCCUUGCUGAGGAACAUUAGUGAACUCAAUGUUAUAGUACAGACAUCCUUGAUAGACAUGUAUGUCAAAUGCGGGUGUUUACAGAAAGGUCUAUCACUCUUUCGGAAAAUGGGCAAGAGGAACCAAAUGUCCUAUACUGUAAUGAUUUCAGGACUUGCCAUGCAUGGACAUGGUGAGGAAGCUCUAAGGAUAUACUCAGAGAUGCUCAAAGAUAGUCUGGACCCGGAUGAUGUUGUCUACGUGUGUGUAUUAAGUGCUUGCAGUCAUGCUGGCCUUGUUGAUGAGGGCUUCCGAUGCUUUGACAGAAUGAAAUCUGAGCAUGGGAUAACACCAACAGUUCAGCAUUAUGGUUGCAUGGUAGAACUCAUGGGAAAAGCUGGGAUGAUCAAUGAAGCUCUUGAGUUUGUCAAGAGCAUGCCUAUCAAGCCCAAUGAUGUGGUCUGGCGGAGCCUUCUCAGUGCUUGUAGAGUUCAUUGUAACUUGGAAAUAGGAGAGAUUGCAGCUAAGCAUCUUUUCCAGUCGAGGUUGCAAAAUGCCGGUGACUAUGUGAUACUGUCAAAUAUGUAUGCACGAGCUCAAAGGUGGCAGGAGGUGGCUAAAAUUCGGGUGGAAAUGGCUAGAGAGGGUUUGCACCAGGUGCCAGGUUUUAGCCUGGUUGAGGUGGGGAGAAGAAUCCACAAGUUUGUUUCACAGGACACGUCUCAUCCUCAAUGUGUAAGUGUCUACGAGAUGAUUCACCAGAUGGAAUGGCAGCUAAAAUUUGAAGGUUAUUCCCCAGAUUCAUCACAGGUAUUGCUUGAUGUAGAUGAAGAAGAGAAGAGACAGAGAUUGAAAGGCCAUAGUCAGAAGUUAGCCAUUGCAUUUGCGCUCAUACAUACAUCUCAGGGUUCUCCUAUAAGAUUAGCUAGAAACCUCAGGAUGUGCAAUGACUGUCAUACGUAUACCAAACUAAUAUCCCUCAUCUAUGAACGUGAAAUUACAGUAAGAGAUCGUAAUCGGUUCCACCAUUUUAAAGAUGGAACUUGUUCUUGUAGGGAUUACUGGUGAAAUGAUAAAAUUCCCAUUGUCAUCAUUUCCUUCCCUCUGCCUUGGGAUGCUAUUUCCUUCUAUACAAAGGAAAAUUGUUCUACAUAAGACUGAAGACACAUAAAUCAGAGGUUGUUUUAACCACAUCUUUUCUUGCUAAAAGAUUGUGUUUCAGAAUAAUGAAGCUAAUAAUGGCAGAGUUUUGAGAACUGUUCCAGAAUAAUGAGGAUAAUGGCAGAGUUUUGAAGAAAUCACUACAAAAAUUGUUCAGGAUGUGCAGAUAGGACCUUUGCUCAUGUUGCAAAUCCGAGCUAGCCUUAUGCAUGAAGUAGAGAUCAUUGGAUGGUCUUCACACCAAAAAUAUUGCUAAACAAACUUGAAAUUCAGAAGCUGAUUAUAGCCUCACAUCUCAACUAGUUGCUCAAGUUCUGCAGUGAAAAAUUCUGGCACCCCCUCUAAAGAGUAUGGAAAACUAUUAAGGAGAUUAACACGAGCUUAGAUUUGUUGAUUUUUUUGUUUAGUAUGUCCACAGAAGGUUAUAGUGCCAAUGAUUGCAUUCAAUAAGGAGCUCCCUGAUGAAACAACAAGAUCUCCUGCUAAAAUGUCAAACAUUGUUCAAGAAAAAGUAAGCAAGAUGAACCCUUACCAAUUGUGGGAAGGGCAUUUUUUUUUUUCUUAUUCUAUGUAUUCAUUGUUCAAGGAACUUAAAUGUAUAACAGUUGAUUUUUUAGAGAA